UUAAGAUUUAAGUUUGUUUUUUCCAUAAUUCAACGAUUACUCGUCGAAUUGUAUGGAAAUUUUAUCUAAGGUUGAAUUGUGCGUAUGUAGUAUAAAUAAAUAUGAAAAUAAAGAUACGCGAUAAAAACAAUAUCAUGUACGGAGUGGCGGGAGAUUACAAGUAAAUAGCAGAUCAGCUGAUGAGUGACAACAGACGAAGAAAAGCCUAUUGUUCUUGGUCUUGGUUAUGGCGACAAGCAGUUCUGAUGGAUCCUGUACAGCACCUGCAGAUUUUCAGCUUUCUUCAGAGUUGGAAGAUGUUUCGAAUCGUUUAAGCGUGAAUUUAUUAAAGUGCCCACUGUGCCAUAAUAGUCGUCGAAUUUUUUAUUGUCGACAGUGUAUUCAAAAUGGUGAUUUUAUUCAUUCAACUUCUGUUUAUUCCGAACGAUUUGCAGAUAAACAAUUGCGACUUUUACGGUUAAAAGCUGCCAGAGUUCAGUUAGAAGAAAAAUGUGUAAAAGCUUUUGAAAAACAUAAACAAAGGGAUAAAUUGAUAUGUGAUAUAAAUACUUGCAAAGAAAGAGUUAAACUACUUCAGUCAUUAGUAAAUGAAACCAGACAAAGUAUAAACAGAGGUAAUCAACGUCUAAAUGUUCUCAAAGAUGUAAACUCUCAAUUAGCACUUAGAUUACCUAGACACGAAGAACGAGUAGAAAAAUUACAUCGGUAUGUUACUGGUUUGAAAGCAAAACAAGAAAAACAAAAAGAAGCAGUAGAUAGAAAAAGGCAGCAGUUGAAAAAAGUCAUCAGAACUGCUGCAAAACAAUUAAUACAAUAUAUUUUUCCAUUAUCUAAAGUGCAACCUAACAGAAGUUUAUGUAGCAGUGAAGAAGAUGCUAGUUCAGAUGUAACAUGUGCACUAGCAGAUGCAUCUGGAACAUCAUAUGUUAGAGGCAGAUGGAUUAAUGAUAUAGAAAAUGCUUUAGAGGUUCAGCACAGAAUAGUUGCAUCAACGUUACCAGGAAGUGGAGAUUAUAGUGCUUAUUCUCUAUGGGUGGCAGCAAAUAAAGAUGGAGUUCCAGGUGCAAAUAAAGAAACUGCAAUGCACAAUCCAGCAUACAAUAUCAGUGCUGCUUUAACUUAUGCUACACAGUUGGUUAAUAUUAUUGCUUAUUAUGUUAAUGUAAGGCUACCAUAUAAACUUGCUUAUGGAGAAUUUUGUGGAAAUGAAAUGUCAGAUCAAAAAUUUGCCAAGAAAGUAGCAAGGCUCAAUAGUAAUGUAUUACAUUUAUGUUUUACACAAAAUACCAAUAUUGCAGUUUUACAUCCAAUGCAUACUCUUCAAAACCUGAUGCACUUGCUCAAUACUGAAAUUAGUGAUCUUGGAAGAAUUGGUCCAAUGGAAGUUGAUUCAAAUAUUGUAGCACAAUUGCACAGUCAAUUAGUCCCCGACUUAGAAAAUAGCGACGAUUUUGCUUCCGAUGAAGAGGAAGAUACUUUUAAUUGGGAUUGGGAAGCUGUACCAAAUGUUGCUUGUCCUGAAAUGGCAGUACCCAUUCCUGGUACAAUGGUUAGUCAACAAUCUUCUAGUAUGCAAGUGAAUCAAAGUGUUGCUGGAGGUUUAGUUACGAGUGCUGCAGCUAGUAUAGCCUCUAUUUGGCGUGGUUGGACGACAAACAAAUAGACUGUUGUAUUUAAUUAACAAAUCUCUUUUUAUACAAAUUACCUGUGUAAGAACAUAUGUAUCAAAAGACAAAAUUGACAAUGCUUUAUAAAUGUGAAACAUUGAGACGAG